GCGGCCGCGGGCUGCGGGGGCGGGCCCUGGGCGCUGCGCCCGCUCCCGCUGUGCGCUCGGUUCUCACCGGCGCCGCUAGCCCAAUGCAGUCCCCGUGAUCCCCCCGUGUCCACACCGCCGUCUGCUCACCCCAGGCAACGUGCGUGUCCCCAGAGCCCUGGCUCCUUUCCACCCUCUCUCUCCUGGUGUGGGAAGGGUGUCCUGGGACGUACGAGGGCCCGCUCUCCUCCAGAUCACCCAAAGGUCUCCGGUGAUCGUAGGGUCUAAUCCCUUCGAUCCGCCGUGCCCACGCUGGUGGCACGCUCCUGGGCUGCUGGCACCUGGCUCUUCGGAAGCGUGUUCCCCGCGGCGCCUCCGGGCUCCUGCACUGCGGAGGGCGCGGCGCGGUGUCCCCUUUACCGGCUGGGUCCAAGCGGUUAACACGCUGGUGCUGCCGCUGCUCUCGCCCCCAACUUGGGGCUGCACCCAGCUGCCAAGUGCGAUGGACCAUGUUACCUCAGACCCCGCUGCCUGAGCUGGCUACCACCCCUUCCUCCAGCCGAGCCUUCCGGGGCACCCAGAGGCGGCACAACCGGGGGUCCCAGACGCGGUGGCCUGGGAGGAGCCUGAAGGCAGAGAGUGGCCACUGACUGGCUCAAUGACCCUGGCUGGCUGGCCAACCUCCUUGUCUCAGUUUCUCCAUCUGUAAAAUGGGGGUACAGCACGUGGGAGCCAGAAGAGCACAUCUUGGACCCCCGCCUUGUCAUGGCCUACGAGGAGAAGUACGGUGUCCUCGGCGCUGCCGGAUGUCACCAGUGUUUCCUUUUCUUCUGCUGCCUGCAUCACACCCCAGGGAGGAGAGAGACCGAGCGUCGGGGUAUAGGAAGAGAGGUCCGAAACCCAAGCGGCUUCUGCUGCAGCGGCUGUACAGCAUGGACCUGCGGAGCUCCCACAAGGCCAAGGGCAAGGAGAAGCUCUGCUUCUCCCUGACCUGCCCGCUCGGCAGCGGGAGCCCUGAGGGGGUGGUCAAGGCGGGGGCACCUGAGCUGGUGGACAAGGGCCCCUUGGUGCCCACCCUGCCCUUCCCACUCCGCAAGCCCCGAAAGGCCCACAAGUACCUGCGGCUCUCACGCAAGAAGUUCCCGCCCCGCGGGCCCAACCUGGAGAGCCACAGCCAUCGACGGGAGCUCUUCCUGCAGGAGCAACCGGCCCCAGACGUCCUGCAGGCGGCUGGCGAGUGGGAGCCUGCUGCGCAGCCCCCUGAAGAGGAGGCAGAUGCCGACCUGGCCGAGGGGCCCCCUCCCUGGACACCUGUGCUCCCCCCAAGUGAGGUGACUGUGACGGACAUCACCGCCAACUCUAUCACCGUCACCUUCCGCGAGGCUCAGGCGGCUGAGGGCUUCUUCCGAGACCGAAGUGGGAAGUUCUGAAUCACCAUUUUUACUCUUCUUUAAACUGUUUUCUUUUGGGUUUGGGGUGGGACUUCCAGAGAUAGGGAUGGGUUGGGGGCGGGGUAAUUAUUUUAUUAAAAAAAAUACCGAGCAGCAAGAGGGGAGAAGAUGCCACCACUCUCCCACCACCCGGCCCUUUUUCUGAGGGACGUUUACCACGCAGCCUCAGGCUGGGGAUGGAGAGAGUUGUUCUGGGAGUUGGGGGACCACCCCCAGGGCAGGAUGGGGACAGGAUGUCCCCUGCCGGUGACACCCCCAUCAUCAUUCUCCUCUAGUGACGCAGCCGCUGGUUCUAGGAGUUAAAGGAGUGUUGGAAGGCCCAAACCCUCUCCCUUGAGCGGCCCACCCCAGCCUGGCUGGCUGUUUUUCCCCUUUAUGUUUUGAUUGGGUCUUUACCUUGAACUUUCCACUCCAGCUUUGCAGUGGGCUGUGGAGGCUGGUUUCAACGAAAAGUGAGUGCGGCAGGAGAAAGGGGCAGGAGGAAGGGUUGAGGUCGCUUGGGGCAAGUCCCUUCCCCUUCAGAGAGGCUUCUACCCUUCCCAGGGAGGAGGCGCUGCCGAGACCCUUCUGCUGAGAGCUCUGCCCUCCCCUCAUCACCUGGCCCAUGCAGAAAUGCUCACGCACGCCUGGCUACCCAGGUGUGCACACGUUACCCUUCAUGUGUACAUUCCCAUGUGCCCCACGAACGCAUGUGGGUCUGCAGACGUGUCCACAGGGGCCUUGUAAAAUCUGGUUUAGAAACCCCGGCCAGGGGAACUUGGGCAGUUCAUAGCACAGAAGAUUACGCCACCACACCCACACUUCCUCCACCUUGCAUGCACCUUGCUACUUGAUUGCGGCUUUCAGCGGAGGGCAGGGGCCUGGCAUGGGUGUGAUGGCACCCCAGGCUCCAGGCAUGCAGAAGCGGUUUCUAAGCUGCACCGGGCCAGGCUGCGGGUGUGCAGGCAUCUGCUAAGUUGUGCAGUGUAUCAGCACAGGCUUUCAGACUUCUGGACCCUGUCCUUCCUCCCCUGAGGGGUUCUUGUUCUUUCUGACUCAGGUGACUUUUCAGCCUUCGGAUUCCCCUUUUUUUCUGCCCUCCUCUCCAACUCAGCCAGCCCAGGUGUGGGCAGUCAGAGAGGGAGGGAGUGUCCCACCGUGUUCUCAGGGCAGCCCUCGACUCCUACGCCCCUUCCUCCUCCCAUUCUGUAUCCCCUGCCCAUCCAACCUAAAUGCCACAGCUGGAGCAGAGCUGUGUUUCUGUGGAGGGACCUCUGCCACGCCUCUCUGAGGUCAGGCUGCCUGUGUGUGAUGGGCAGGCUUUGUACCAGCCCAUACCCUCGUAAGGGGCACUGUUUUCUGGCUUGUACAUGGUGUCUUGGCAGCCAGUGGCUUCUCUGCCAGUGAGGAGUGACUUUCCCUCUUCCAGUCCUGUAGGGGAGAAAAAGCCAGAUUGGGGGACCUGAGGGGAGCAUGGAAAAGGCCGAUUCUCCUGUCUUUCCUUGGCUGUCAGUCAGGGUAACACACACCAAGAGUGGAGUGUGGCCGGUGAGUUUGAAACCUGCCCGCCCUCCCCGAAGCUCUGUGCUGUGUCCUCAGGAAGUCACAGAGUCUCUACGGAGGCAAGGAGAGGGUGAUUCUCUCCCAGACCCUGUCUUCCCAGUUCCCAAACCAAAGACCGCCUACAGCCCUUUCUGCCUGGGGCGCUCUGCUGACAGGCUGCCCAGAUCCUGAGUCUCUGUCCUUCCUCCUCGAUGUUUAGUUGUCCACGGUCAAUUCAGUGCUUCCAUUGGGGGACAGUCCCCACCAGGGUGACCUGAUUCACCUCCAGCCCAGGGAAUGGAAUCUAGAGGAAUAUGUGGGGUGGGUCUGGAAAAGGGGCAGCAGGAAUCACUACCCGUCUCCAGCUGUGGGGCCCUGUGGAGGGGAAGGGAAAGUUUGGGGUCCCAGGGGAGCUCUUCCAGGAGAGGGGUGCCCAGCGGAGGGGAAGGUGAUAGAGGGUUGGUGGGUGGGGGAACCUCUAGUUGAAUGUCCUGGCCCAUGGCUUUGGAAUAUGGCUGGCAGCUUCCAGCAGAAGUCAGGCUCCCCAUCCCCCAGGUGACAUGGGGCCUUUUUCCUGCUUCCUGGUCACUUUCAAACAACUAUUUUUGCAAUCUAUGGGUCUGUGAUUUCACGGGGCUUUUUGUGUGAGGGCUGCAGUUGUUUUGUCUGUAGCAGCAGGACGUAUCUUUCCCCUUACUCAGCCCUUUAUGGCCCAUGGGGAACCCCGUGGCUCAGGGAGAGCCGGACUCCAGUGGUGUGACCUGGGAUGGGUGGGCCUGAGGUGCCCAGCUCAGGGCAGCCACGUGGCUCAUGGGCUGUAGUGAGCGGGCUCCCUGGGGGAAAAGACUGUGGGCCGUUAGGACCAUUCCCCAGGACAGGUGACCUCUAUGAGGUCACCUGUGGUGUAGCCAUGCAGGCCUCCUUCCAGCCCAGAGUGGCCCAGUAGAGCAAGGCAGACAGUGACCUCCACCCCCACAGCCCCCUUAAAAGGCCAGUAAUCUUGGGGGUGGGAGGAGGGCUUAGAAAGCAUUUGCCCACCUGCCUUUCUUUCCCCGAGCCCCUACCCGCUUUGAAUGUAGAGGCCUGUGGGUACUUUCCCUUUUGUGGUGGGGGGUGCGGAGGACAUACCCCCACCCCUGGCACGGCCGCCUGGAAUGCAGGACCAUCACUGCUGUUAGGGUGGUGACCUCGCUGCCAGUCUCCUCCUCUCCCUGUGUUCCAGGGGCAGGCGCUGUGCUUCUGUGAGGUGGUUUAGCUUUUGCUUUAUAAGUGGCCAGACGCGGCCACCGGGUCUCAGCACAAGAGCGCUUCCUUUGCACAGAAUGAGCUUUGAGCUUUGUUCAGACUAAAUGAAUGUAUCUGGGAGGGGUCGGGGGCACGAGUUGAUUCCAAGCACAUGCCUUUGCCGAGUGUGUGUGUGCUGGGAGAGUCAGAGUGGAUGUAGAGCGCGGUUUUAUUUUUGUACUGACAUUGGUAAGAGACUGUAUAGCAUCUAUUUAUUUAGAUGAUUUAUCUGGUAAAUGAGGCAAAAAAUUAUUAAAAAUACAUUAAAGGUGAUAAAAAGUAAAGAAA